AUGCAUCUCUGUCAGCCUUUCAAAGCUCUGGUUCUGGCCGUGGCAUUGAUGAUGUCAUCAGGUGUGGAUAUAAAUAAACAUGAAGAGAACAUGAAUGCAUGCCCAGUCAUUCAAUGUUGUGCUCCUGGAACCAAUGGUUUAUCAGGCAGAGAUGGAAGAGAUGGGGAAAAGGGUCCCAAAGGAGAAAAGGGAGACCAAGGAGCAGGACUGAGGGGUUUGCAGGGUUUCCCUGGAAAGGCAGGACCUCAGGGAACAAAAGGAGAUCAAGGACCACAAGGCGAAAAAGGACAAAAGGGAGAAAGUGCAACAUUUGAUGCUCUUCAAAGACAAGUAACUGCUUUGGAAAAGAACAUCCAGACUCUUCAAGCUGACGUUAGCAGACACCAAAAGUUUUUUUCUUUGCGGUGGGUCAAGAGUGUUGGUAAGAAAACAUUUAUGUCAACGGGCACAAAAGAUUCUUUUAAAAAUGGAAAAUCCCUGUGUGCAAAAGCUGGAGGUGCACUCGCCUGUCCACACAAUCAUGCUGAGAACACAGCCUUGCGAGAAAUAUUGAAGGAUUCAGAACAAGCGUAUUUAGGGAUGUCUGAUGUGCAAACUGAAGGCAAAUUUCUGUAUCUGAAUGGAGAACCUGUAACUUACACAAACUGGAACACGGGAGAACCAAACGAUAACAAGAACGAAGACUGUGUUGCAAUGUAUGACAAUGGAAAGUGGAAUGACAUAGUUUGUUCAAAUUCAGAAAUGUUAAUUAUUUGUGAAUUUUAA